AUGGCCAGUGGAACCGUCGCGCCAGUCAGCGUCUCUAAGGGUGCUGGUGUGGACUUGAUCCCCCACCAGUUUCAGUACCACACCACCGAAACCGACGCUUCGGUCCUGCUGUAUGUUACCCCCGAGAAGGCCCAGGCGGGACUUACGAAGCUGGUCGUCGAGGCCGCCCAGGCUGCUGUGAAAGCCAAGGGCGCCUUCACGCUUGUCCUCUCCGGCGGCUCGCUGCCAGCGCUAUUGGGACCCCUCGCCAGCGCGAAAGGCAUCGAUUGGUCCAAAACGCACAUCUUCUUUGUCGAUGAGCGCAACGUGCCGCACACCUGCCCCGACAGCACCUUCAAGGCGGUUCAGGAAGCGCUGCUGUCCCAGGUACCCAUUCCGGCAUCGCAGGUCUACGCAAUUGCGGAGGGCUUGCCUGUGGAACAGGCUGCAACCCAGUAUGAAGGCCGCCUCAUCAGCAUUCCCGCAUCGGCGCUCCCGCGCAGCGCCGACGGCGGAUUCCCGGUCUUUGACCUCAUCCUCCUAGGCGUUGGUCCCGACGGCCACGUCGCCUCGCUCUUCCCCAACCGCCCCGAGACCGCCGCUACCCAAGGCUGGGUGCUGCCAGUGAAGGACUCUCCCAAGCCGCCCCCGGAGCGGAUCACCAUGACUAUGCCGGUGAUUAAUGCCGCUAAGGAAGUGGCGGUCGUGGCGCUUGGCGAAAGCAAGCGUGAGAUCGUUCAGCGCGUACUGGAGGUGCAGGCGCUGCCUGGCGCGCUGCCGGCGCAGCUAGUGCGGCCCAAGGGCGGCAAGCUUAAGUGGGUCCUUGACGUGGCAUCGGCAGAGCUGCUGGACGUGGCCAGCUGGGGUGAGGGCAAGGAGUUCCCGCGCAGCUCCUUUUAGGUGGUGCGCAGGUUGCGUGGGGUUGCGUAGGGGCGCGCAGGUUGUCGUGGUGUGUGUUUGGAGGCAUGGGGUGCGGGUUUAUAGAGGUCGGUUCUUGCGGGCUGUGCAGUAUUGACCUCUCUCUGUUUAGUGCCAAUCUUAAUAGUAGGGACUGUAGAAGUGAUUCAUGUUCCUACGGGCUUGGGGCGCUGGCCAUCGUCAAAGAUCUGCAAUAGCGGCAAGUUGCGUCGGCGUGAAACGAACUGGUGCCUGG